UUGAAGGAUGGAUGGAGCUCAGAGCACCAAAGACAUCGAGCUGAGCCAAGCUCAAGAGGAAGCCACUAAGACUGAUGAACGCCCCAAAUGGGACAAUAAGGUUCAGUAUCUGCUGACAUGCAUUGGAUUUGCUGUUGGCUUGGGAAAUGUAUGGAGGUUCCCUUAUUUGUGUCAGGUAUAUGGAGGAGGUGCAUUUCUGAUCCCGUACCUCAUAGCACUGGUGUUUGAGGGGCUUCCGCUGCUUCAUAUGGAGCUAGCUAUUGGUCAGAGGCUCCGCAUGGGCAGCAUAGGAGUCUGGAACUCAAUCUCACCUUAUCUAGGAGGAGUAGGUGUGGCCUCUAUGACUGUGUCAUUUUUGGUUGGUUUAUUUUACAACACUAUACUGGCCUGGGUUCUGUGGUAUUUCUUCCAUUCAUUCCAAGAACCACUGCCAUGGCAGUCAUGCCCAGUCAAAGCCAAUCACACUGGGUAUGUAGAAGAAUGUGAGAAGAGCACUCCAGUGAACUACUUCUGGUACAGAGAGACACUGAAUAUCACUCCAAACAUUUCGAUUAAUGGGGAUCUUCAGUGGUGGCUGGUCGUGUGUCUGGCAUCAGCUUGGUGUAUUGUCUAUAUCUGCUUCAUUCGUGGCAUCGAGACCAUUGGCAAGGCGGUGUAUGUCACAGCCACCUUCCCAUAUCUUGUGCUCACCAUCUUUCUGAUCCGGGCAUUGACUCUGCCAGGAGCUACUAUUGGAUUGCGCCAUCUCUUCACACCAAAUUGGGAAACACUGAAGAAUCCAACAGUGUGGUUGGAUGCAGCAACCCAGAUAUUCUUCUCUCUGUCACUUGCAUUUGGGGGCCUCAUUGCAUUUUCCAGCUACAACCCACAAAAAAACAACUGUGAACGAGAUGCCCUUAUUGUUGGCUGCAUCAACAGUGCUACCUCAAUCUAUGCAUCAAUUCCCAUUUUUUCUAUCCUGGGAUUUAAAGCAUUGUCAAGCUAUAAUGACUGUGUAAAAAGUAAUAUCGAGGAGUUGCAAAAUGCUUUUAAUAUUCCGGAUAUGAAUAUAACAGAGGGAAAUUUUGAGGCAUGGUUGACACAUUUUAAUGCUACAGAUCCACAAGUCGUGCAGACUCUUAAUCUGAAGACUUGCAAUCUCCAAGCAUUGCUUGAUCAGAGUGCUUCAGGCACAGGUUUGGCUUUCAUUGUGUUCACUGAAGCGGUAAUUAAGAUGCCAGGUUCCCAGGUCUGGGCUGUGCUCUUCUUUAUUAUGCUCUUCAGUCUUGGCCUUUCGUCGAUGUUUGGAAAUCUGGAAGGGGUCUUGACCCCUCUUCUGGACCUGCACCUGGUGCCAAAGUGUAUUCCUAAGGAAAUUUUCACAGGUCUGAUGUGCCUGAUUUCCUUUAUUGUGGCACUCAUCUUCACUAUGGGAUCUGGAAACUACUGGCUGGCCAUCUUUAAUAACUAUGUAGGCUCCUUGCCUCUGCUGGUCAUCGCCUUUUUCGAAAUCGUGGCCGUGAUCUACAUCUACGGUGGCAACAGAUUCAGUGAUGAUAUAGAGUGGAUGACAGGACGCAGACCCAACCUGUACUGGCAAGCUACAUGGAGGGUGAUCAGUCCUUUGAUGCUGCUGGUGGUCCUCCUGGCUUAUGUGGUGGUACAGGCACAACAGAAACCCACCUAUGAAGCAUGGAACCCAGAUUACGUGAAUUUCCCUGCUCCAGAAAUCUUGACAUAUCCAGGCUGGGUCUAUGCCAUUUGUAUUCUCCUGGCCGCUAUUCCCUGCUCAUUUAUUCCACUUUGGGCACUCUAUCAGUUUAUUAAAUUUUUAAUUAAGUACCUGGCAGACAGACAAGUUAAAAUAUGCUAUGAUAAUGAAGGGUAUGAAGUGGAAACAUAAGCAAUUGGAUAUAACUUAUUAGUACUCACUAUUAGUACUCACUAUUAUUUCUUCCUGACAUAAAACUUACCUUUUGAGGAAACAUAAAAUGUCACUUGUACGUUUUGCACACUGACUUCCUAAAGAUUAUAUUAGCACCAAUAUACUGUAAUCAUAUCGAUUUUAUCUACUGUUUUUAAAGCUGACAUUUUGACAUUACUAAAGUAAUGUAAAUUCUCCGUAAGAGAAUAUUUUUAAUUCUCGCAGUUCACAAUGGUUCUCCAGUUUCUGUGCAAUAAGUAACAUAAUAUACAC